UCUUCCGCGAACAAAAGCCAAAACCUUAAACCCAUUGCAGAACAAUCCCUUCUGGAAGCUCAAACCAAGGAGAAGCAAAGCUCUGUGAUUGUGCAGAAACGCCGUGUCUCAAUGCUCCACUUCUGCAGAUUAUCUUCUCCUCCAUCAAGACUCCUCUUACCUUUAAGCAAACAUUUCUCCUCCUCUUCUUCUUCUUUUACUUCGAAAAGAGUGAGAUUGUGUUCGCUCAACCAACCAUGGCGGAGUGGUAGAAUUAGGUCAUUUGGGGCCUCCACUGCUGCAGUGGCGGCGGAGGCGGCGCACGAUAAGAAUGGAGGCGACACGUUCUUCGCCGAAGACAGCGUUUCGUGGACGUCUCUUGGAGUCUCCGAUCGGCUCUCUCGACUUCUCUCUAACGCGGGCCUCAACCGGCCCUCUCUCGUUCAGGCUUCUUGUAUACCAGCUAUACUUUCAGGAAACGAUGUAGUAGUUGCAGCAGAAACAGGUAGUGGUAAAACACACGGUUACCUAGUUCCUCUGAUGGAAAAGUUAUCUACUUCACCUGAUUGUUCUGUAACUGCCAACCAUGAAUUGAGCCUUCAGCAUAGGCGAUCUCUCAUUCUUUGCCCUAAUGUCAUGCUGUGUGAGCAAGUGGUUCGGAUGGCUAACUCUCUAUAUGAUGAGAACAGCAAACCCCUUCUUAGGGCUACUGCUCUUUGCGGUAGACAGGGGUGGCCAGUUGAUGAACCAGACAUAAUUGCAUCUACCCCUGUCGCUCUUUUGAAUUACCUGUUUGCUGUUGAUCAAGAGAAGUGCCGCCGUUCUGAUUUUCUGCGUGGUGUGAAAUAUGUGGUGUUUGAUGAAGCAGACAUGUUGCUUUGUGGGAGUUUUCAGAAUCAAGUUGUCCGUCUUAUAAACAUGCUUCGUUUUGACGAAAAGCUGCUGUCUGGGAUGAGAAGUUCUGAAGUUGACAAGCCUGUGGACUCUUGUUCUGAUUCUCUUGUGGAUAUUGAAGUUCAUGAAGAUAAAGACCAGCUGACUGAUCUCAUCUUGGCAGAGGAAGAUGGUGCUGAGGGAACUACUGAUGUUGAAGACUUAAUAAAAGGGAUUGAAGCUGAGUCCACAAAGAGAAAGGACUGGAGAAGGGUAAGGAAGAUCUAUGAGCGCAGCAAGCAGUAUAUUUUUGUUGCAGCCACCCUUCCAGUUAAUGGAAAGAAAACUGCUGGGGGAGUGUUGAAAAGGAUGUUUCCAGAUGCCAGUUGGGUCAGCGGACAUUAUCUCCAUCAUCACAAUCCAAGAUUGGAGCAGAGGUGGAUCGAGGUUACAGUCGAUACACAGGUGGAUGUUCUCAUAGAUUCUUUAAAACAAGGCUUCAAAUCAAAAGUGUUUGAUUCAGGUUCCAGUGUGUUUCGGACAAUGGUUUUUGCAAACACAGUUGAAGCUGUUGAAGCAGUUGCUAAGGUAUUGAUAAGGUCUGGCUUUGAAUGCUUCCGGUACCACAGUGAUACCUCUUUGGAAGAACGUACAAAGAACUUAGUUGAUUUCCAACAGAAAGGCGGUAUUCUUGUGUGUACUGAUGCUGCUGCACGUGGACUCGACAUUCCAAAUAUUUCACAUGUUAUUCAGGCAGAAUUUGCCACGUCUGCUGUAGAUUUCUUGCAUAGGGUUGGUCGGACUGCUAGAGCAGGCCAACACGGACUUGUUACAAGCCUGUACACUGAAGCAAAUCGAGAACUUGUUGCUGCUGUUCGUCAAGCUGGGAAUCUGUGCCAGCCUGUGGAGAAGGCAUUUAGCAGGAAGAGAAGCUUCCGUAAUAAGCUUAAGAAGAGAGGUUACAACAAAGCAAACGAGGCGUCAUCAAGGGGUGAUAAGAGUUCUAGCAUAACGUAGGAGGGUUUCAGGGGCAAUCCUUUGUAAGUUACUAAUCAUGGGAUGGGACGGAUGCCAUAUCCUAGUUCUCUCUGGUGGUAUGGGGAGAUGCCAUAAACCUUGGUUUCAAAUGCAACAUUAGGAUACGUUUGAUGUAAGGAUUUGUUUAAUAGAAACAAAAGGGAAAAGAAAAUAUCAUUUUUUGUUUAA